UUAGGUAAAAAGCUUCUUGAUUCUUAAUGAGUUCUCCCCUUGAUGAUCAAAACUUCUUGUUUGUAUUAUUGGUAGUAACCGUUUGUUACUUUUCUGAAAGCUCUGAUUUGUUUAUUUAGCUAUCUCCUAAUCAAUUAUCUUUAACAUAAUCUGAUUAAGGGUGUGCUGGAGAAGAGUAAGCAGGAGAUGACGCCAAACGUGUGAAAUUGACGUUUCAAAAAGCACUGUGGUACUUCUUGCUUUCAGGUCCCGGGGUGUUAGUUUGUGAUUUCAUUUCCUUCUCGUACAAUGGCUGAGAUUGAUGGUGGCAUACCUGAAAACCUGGAGAAAAUUGAGCCUAUAGCAAGUCUUGUGAGAAGGAAUUCAACUGGAAGUGUAGGUUUUGAAAUGGGUGAAUCCAAGGUCUUGUCACGUUAUCUUGACGUUCCAAGAAGUUCAUGUCAUGAUAUGUGCAAAUAUGGUUUUGAACAUGAUUCUUCAUUGAAGUCAAGGAUUCCCCGGCCCUCAAGAGUAACAUUAGGGAAAAUACCAGAAAGGAAGAAAGUACCAGGCUCGACUAAUCUACCUUCAGAGAUCAAGAGGCAGACAAAGGAAAUCAAAGCGUCUACCAAAAGAGCAGCGCCAUUUGUGAAUCAUCAAAGUGAUUCCAAGCUCAAGCCUUUGGAAGAAAAUGCACCAAGAAGGCAUCAAAGAAGACACAGUGACAACUUUAUACUAGGGAGGUCUUCGAAAUUCCAAGAGACUCUAUUGAAUGGAUCAAGCAGUAGACAGAACCACAGCCGUAAAAUGGAGAAAGACGGUGGAUCCUCCGAGCUAAGCAGGAAAAAGAAUGUUGUUACCUCAACAAUUUCAUCGUCUGCAAAAUCUGCUGCGAAAAAGGUUUCAAGCACAGCAUCCAGUAACAACUCCUCAAGAAAGACGUCUCAACAUAACAGUAGGACUAGUCUUAUACCAAGCAAGACUGGGCAAAUCAGUCAUGAAAGUGUGACAAAGAAGACGUCGCAUCAUAGAAAAUCAAUGACUAAAAGCAAUGAGAUUUCCAAGGAAAAUAGUAAUUCCAAAGAAUCCUCUUUGGAUAGAGAGGGUCCAAAACAAGGAAAGACGGCUUCAUCAUCCCUUUGUUCCCCAUCACGUCCACCAUCUUCAAGUGGCGAUAGCUCAAGAAACAUUGACACCACCCAGACGUUCGUUUCCUCAUCUUCAUUGAUGUCAUCAUCAUCAAUUUCAGCAGAUGAGUCUGCUAAAAGUGAUGGAACAUGCUCUAGCCCCAGACAAAAUGGAACUACAAGUCAGAAGCAAGACACACAACCUGAGAGGGCUGGACAAGUUGGCUUAGAAAAUGAAGAUUGCAGUCCUAAAAUACUCAAGUUCAGAAAAGGAAAGACAACUGAUAUCCAAUCUGAUAAAGAAAGUCCAAGGAGACAAAAAUUUAAGCAAGUCAUCAUAAAAGAUGCUUGCGAAAAUGAAAGUGGUGAUGGUAAUCCUAGAGGAAACGGCUUGAGAAGAUCCGCUGCUGAUGCCCAUUCAUAUGCAGCUAAAGACGAAGUUAUGACAGUAAACCUUCGAUCCCGUGCUAUAGAACAUACAAAAGAAACUCCAAGUUUGUUCAACAACGUGAUUGAAGUAACUGUAAACAAGCUUGCCGAGACUAGGAGAAGCAAGGUGAAGGCUCUGGUGGGUGCUUUUGAAACUGUUAUCUCCCUUCAGGAUGCAAAAUCCUGUCCAGUAAUUGGAAGAUCAUAACGUGCUUUUCUCUUUGACAGAAGGAAUCUGCACGCCAGGGGAAGGAUUCCAAGCAGUAAUCUUGAUAAUACUUUGUUACUGACCUUGUGACCGUUAGUUUAGGUAGUUUUAGGGAUUGAUCACUCAAAUUUGAUUUCUAAUCGAGUUAAUGAGUGCUUAGAACAGUCCAUUUGGACAAAUUUGGUUGAGCUUAAGACAUUGUUCAAUGAGUAACUCACCCAUGUAAGCUUUCAGUAGCUGAGGCGUUAGCGUAUUAAGUCUUACCAUCAAGUCUUGGAUUUUAUUCUGCAUAACAGAAUAGUCAAGACUUUAAAAUUCUCUGUUGAGGAUGACAUAUGGCUAUCCUAAUUCUUUAUGCUUGUACAUAUUUGGUGAAUGAACGAUAGAAAUACCGGAGGAUUACUCUGAAGCCAAGUUGAAAUCAAA